ACGGGGAGCAGCUGGGGAGGGCGGGCGGCCCCUUAUCCUGGGCUUCCACGCCCUUUGUUCCCAGGUGUCUGGCACCCGGAGCCCUAGAACCACCGGGGAUAGAGGCGGCUCAGUGCACCGGCCAGCCCGGAGGACCGUAAGUCGCCUCUCCUUCUGAUGACAAGAGAAAGGAGAUAUGGACUACGGUCAUCCAACUGCCCUCGUCCCGUGCGGACAGGAUAAAUACAUUUCCAAGAAUGAACUUCUCUUGCAUCUGAAGACCUAUAACUUGUACUAUGAAGGCCAGAAUUUGCAGCUGCGACACCGUGAGGAGGAGGACGAGUUCAUCGUGGAGGGGCUGCUGAACAUCUCCUGGGGGCUGCGCCGGCCCAUCCGCCUCCAGAUGCAGGACGACCACGAGCGCAUCCGCCCGCCCCCCUCCUCCUCUUCCUGGCACUCGGGCUGCAACUUAGGGGCACAGAGCACCAUCCUGAAGCCCCUCACCAUGCCUGACAUUCAGAUCUCGGAGGUGGACGCGCCGGCUGAGAGUGAGGAGAAACUGAGUCCAACAGACUCCAGAGGCCUGAAGCCCGUACAGGAAGACACCCCACAGCUGAUGCGCACACGGAGUGACGUCGGGGUGCGUCGCCGCGGCAACGUGAGGACCCCCAGUGACCAGCGGCGAAUCAGACGCCACCGCUUCUCCAUCAAUGGCCAUUACUACAACCACAAGACGUCCGUGUUCACGCCGGCCUACGGUUCCGUCACCAACGUGCGCAUCAACAGUACCAUGAGCACCCCACAGGUCCUCAAGCUGCUGCUCAACAAAUUCAAGAUUGAGAAUUCGGCAGAGGAAUUCGCCUUGUACGUGGUCCACACCAGUGGGGAGAAACAGAAGCUGAAGAACACGGACUACCCGCUGAUCGCCCGGAUCCUGCAGGGCCCCUGUGAGCAGGUCUCCAAAGUCUUCCUCAUGGAGAAGGACCAGGUGGAAGAAGUUACCUAUGACGUGGCACAGUACAUUAAAUUUGAGAUGCCCGUCCUGAAAAGCUUCAUUCAGAAGCUCCAGGAGGAAGAAGACCGAGAAGUUAAGAAGCUGAUGCGCAAGUACACCGUGCUCCGGCUAAUGAUUCGGCAGAGGCUGGAGGAGAUAUCAGAGACCCCAGAAACUAUCUGAGCCGACCGCAGGAGGGGAUCUGGGACCACUGGGGCCGUCUCUGCUAGGAGAAACCCACAGGACGCUGGGCUCGGCCCUUCCAGC